AUGGCUGCCCGUCGAUUAACGCCGACUUUCGACCACGUUCAUUCAGAUCACGUGCACAAGCGUGUGUGCAAAGCCUGCGAUAGAUGUCGUCUCAAGAAGUCGAAGUGUGACGGAACCAGCCCAUGUUCACGCUGUCGAGCCAAUAAUUUCGUUUGCAUUUUUGGGAAACGGAAAAGGGCCAUUGAUAAAAUGUACCCCAAGGGGUAUAUUGAGAUGCUUGAGCAGCAACAACGCUGGCUGGUCAAUGCCCUUCAGGAGCUCUACCAACGAAUAAUCGAUGGCAAUGGCUGGCCAGGCACCUGCCUGAAGCCCGAGCCCAACGGCCACCCUCUUACCCACGAUAUUCUGGUCCGGCUCGGUACACUAGAUCACAGCCAGGUCAAGUACUGCGAGGAGAACCUCAAGCCUGUGCAGCGCAAGAAGUCUUCCGAGAGUAUCUCCGAGAUUACGCACUCUCCAAUCUCUGUGCCAUGCAUUUUCCCAGAGACCUUCUCAUCCCCUAAGCAGUUUUGUCUGCCUCUAAUCCCGUCAACUUACAGCCCACCAUCCUGCACCGCGCUUAUCAAGGCUGAGCCCACUAGCUCCCUACCGCCAAACCCACACUCCUCAUCUGCCUUGUCCAUGCAGGGUGUUGUCAGGCCAUUAACGCUGCAAGGUGGUCUGCAGCAGUUCCAAGGUAUAAAUGUUUACAAUCUCUUUGAUUCAACGAAUACGAUCACAACGGCCAGCUAUCCGAAUUUCAACAUUGACACUACCCUCCUAUCGCCGAUGUUUAAUCGCCCUCUGCCGAUCAACUCCGUACCGUUCGGUUAUUGUGACUACUUCGAUCAGUUAUUCGACCCCAACCCUGCAGAGAUCAGCUUGAUGUAA